AUGUUAGGUCAUGACGACAUUGAUGAAUUUAUGUGUAAAAUCUGUGAUAAAACAUUCUUGACAGCAACAGCUUUGUACAACCAUCAACUUACCCACAUUAACCUUAAAAAAUUUACCUGCGAGUACUGCGGCUCAGGUUUCACUCAUCGCUCGACAUUGAUUAUACACAAAAGAGUCCAUACAGGCGAGAGACCAUAUCCUUGCACCAUGUGUGAUAAGGCCUUCAUUGAAAAAAGUGCAUUAAGAUCUCACAUGAUCUCACACAGUUCAGAACGAAAACAUAAAUGUGAGCUGUGCGGAAAAACGUUCCCCCAUAAAUGUAGUUUGGUGAGACACCGAAGAAUCCACAAUGAAGAAAAACCUUUUCAGUGUGAGCAGUGUAAAAAGACAUUUGGACAGUCCACGCAGUUGAAGAGACACAAACGGACUCACACGGGGGAAAAACCGUACAAGUGCGAAGAUUGCGGACUCCGAUUCGGAUAUGUUGAAACACUACGGUCACACCGAAGAAUUCAUAAUGAUAUAACAAUUUACUGUAAGCUGUGCGACAAGUCCUUCUCAACGACGGUACAUUUGAAACGGCACAUGAAGACUCACACUGGUGAGGUGGACUUUGUGUGUGAUGUGUGCGGGGAAGGGUUUAUCAGGAAGGAUUAUUUUAUGAAGCAUUUUAAAUCUCAUGAAAAGAAGUCAGAGAAGGAACAAGCCAGCAACGUAAAAAAUAGAGUCAAGUUAAUGCCAAAAUGUAAGUUAUAAUGUAUCGACCGAAAGACAUGAUGAAAACAGAGGCAUUUAAUGUAAAUGCACAUUUUCAUACAAAUAUGUGUACACCUAUUUGAUGCGAUUGACAUGAAGCUUUAGAAACCGUUGAACUUCCAUGCCUGUAAAGUUAUAUUCUCAAUGGUCUCAACCACUCAAAUUCAUUUUCAUGGAUUAGUUUUGGGACUUUAUGGCAGAUACAGUUUUUUGGGGUUUCACUUCCAUCUGCAUGGCAACCUGAAUAUUUUAACCUUGGUUUGAUGUCAAUCAUCUGUUGGCUUUUCCGCAUGUGAAAUGUUAUGUGUGGAUUUUAAUGGAUUUGUAUACAGAGCCGUAACCUAAAUUCCUGGUUAACCUUGAUUCGUGGAAAGCAGUAAUCACCAUUCUAUCUCGUAAGUGAAGUUUCUUAUAAUGUUGUAGGGGUGGUGGGGUGGCCUAGUGGUUAAAGCGUGGAAGGCCCGGGUUCGAUUCCCCACAUGGGUACAUUUGUGAAGCCCAUUUCUGGUUACCCCCACCAUGAUGUUGUUGGAAUAUUGAUAAACUAAACUUAUAUUCACUCGCUCACUCUUAUGACAUCACGAAGCCGUCCCGGUACUUUUGAUGUACAUACAAUGCCACGCCUCUGUGCAAUACAGGUAUGUACACUAAAUCUAACUGUCCAGAAAUGAGA